CUCAGUUUGCCGGACAGUUUGAGCCUGCACAGGAACCAGCAGCGCUCGAGUAAAGCUGGAGACGCCUACACUGAGUCCGAGCAGCGUACUAUUGAGCAGUCUCUGCUGGCCACACGCGUGGGGAGCAUCUCUGAGCUCAGUGAUUUAGUGUCCAGAGCCAUGCAUCACCUCCAGCCUCUGAGCAUAAAGAACCACAGCAACGGCACUCCGCUCCCUCAGAAGUGCAGCCUGAUCCACUGGGAACCCGAGGCUUUAUAUACGCUCUGCUACUUCAUGCACUGCCCUCAGAUGGAGUGGGAGAACCCCAACGUAGAGCCAUCCAAAGUCACCUUACAGACCGAGAGGCCAUUUCUCGUUCUGCCUCCUCUGAUGGAGUGGAUCAGAGUAGCUUUGGCACACGCGGAGCACCGCCGCAGCUUUUCAGUGGAUAGCGAUGAUGUUCGGCAGGCAGCCAGACUCCUGCUGCCUGGGGUGGAUUGUGAACCCCGCCAGCUGAAGACAGAUGACUGUUUCUGUGUGUCACGUAAGCUGGAUGCUCCCUCGACCGAGGCCAAGUUCCUGCAGGACCUCGGCUUCCGCAUGCUUAACUGCGGCCGCACUGACCUCGUCAACCAGGCCAUCAACUUACUAGGCCCCGGUGGAAUCAACAGUAUGAGUGAACAGGGCAUGACCCCUCUGAUGUACGCAUGUGUCCGUGGUGACGAAGCCAUGGUUCAGAUGCUGCUAGAUGCAGGAGCCGACAUCAACAGUGAGGUGCCAAACACAGUGCAAAAGUACCCCUCAGUCUUUCCAGAGACCCGGCAGGCCACGCCUCUCACCUUCGCUGUACUCCACCAGCACAUCCCCGUGGUGCAGUUGCUUCUGGACGCUGGAGCUAAUGUGGAGGGCUCUCUGCAGGACGGGAUGGAGAACUACACUGAGACGCCUUUGCAGUUAGCUGCCGCUGCAGGGAACUUUGAGCUGGUCAGUUUGCUUUUGGAAAGAGGAGCGGACCCCAUGGUUGGGACCAUGUACCGCAACGGCAUUUCCACCGCACCACACGGGGACAUGAACUCCUACAGUCUGGCCGCAGCGCAUGGACACAGGAACGUGUUCUGCAAGCUUCUGUCGCAGUCUGAAAAGGGGAAGGCAGAUAUUCUGUCUCUACAGGAGAUCUUGGCUGAGGGAUCAACGAUGGAAGAGAGAAAUUCUCUAAAGAUGGAAGCAACCCGCACAGGGAAGGCCAAACUCAAAGCUCUGAGAGAGGCGAUGUAUCACAGCUCUGAACACAGCUAUGUCGACAUCACAUUGGACAUCAGAAGUUUAGGGGUGCCCUGGACGCUGCACACCUGGCUGGAGUCACUGCGAACGUGUUUCCUGCAGCACCGGCGGCCGCUGAUCCAGGGUCUGCUGAAAGAGUUCAGCUCUAUAGAAGAGGAGGAGUACACAGAGGAACUCAUAACACAUGGACUCCCACUCAUGUUCCAGAUCCUGCGUGCCAGCAAGAAUGAAGUAAUUAGUCAGCAGCUGGCCAUGAUAUUUACUCAGUGCUACGGGCCGUAUCCGAUCCCCAAACUUACAGAGAUCAAGAGGAAACAGACAUCAAGACUGGAUCCUCAUUUUCUAAACAACAAGGAGAUGUCAGAUGUGACCUUCCUGGUGGAGGGACAGCCAUUCCACGCUCACAAAGUUUUGCUCUUCACUGCCUCCAACAAGUUUAAAUCACUUCUGGCAAACAGACCAGCUGCUGAGAACACCUGUAUUGAAAUCAGCCAUGUCAAAUACAAUGUAUUUCAGCUGGUGAUGCAAUAUCUGUACUUUGGUGGAACGGAUUCACUUCACAUCAGAAACACUGAGGUUAUGGAUCUUCUCUCUGCAUCUAAGUUCUUCCAGCUGGAGGCUUUACAGAGACACUGUGAGAUCAUCUGUGCCAAGAACAUCAACACCGAAACUUGUGUGGAGAUCUAUAACCAUGCUAAAUUCCUGGAGGCACCUGAGCUGUCGUCCUACAUCGAGGGCUACUUUCUAAAGAACAUGGCAGUUCUCAUAGAGCUUGAGCCAUUUAAACAGUUGCUCUAUAACCCCCCGGUGGAUAACUGCUGCCCUGACGUGUUGCAUGAUCUCGAGAAGACGCUGGCCACACGCAUUCGCUCCAUUCAUCUGUCCUCCUCGAAGGGAUCCAUCGUCUAA